CCAAGCAUAACUGUAAAGUAGAUUUUAAACAUAUACUGUUAUUGAAAGGAAUAUGAAUUACUUCUUCAUAUUUAUGUUAUCUGCGUAUUUUCUUAUAGUGCAAGGCAAACCAAUGGAUACACAAACCUGGGAGAAUGAAGAAAACUGCGGAUUAACAAUGUACGACAACGGCACCUUCAAGUUAACAAAACGUGGAAACCGCAAAGUCGCAGCGGGAGAGUUUCCUUGGUUAGUUAGAAUUGGGGUGAUCGAUGUCGAGGCAAAUGAACCAGUUUUCCACUGCGAAGGUGCUCUGAUUCACAGGCAAAUUGUGAUAUCAGCGACUGACUGCGGUACUGUUAAUCAAGUGGCGAGAGUAGGAGAGAACAAUAUAGACGAAAACGUCGAUUGCGAAUUAUCUGUAUGCCCUCCACCUCCUCAAGACAUCAAGAUACGGAAACACACAGUCGCUGAUAAUUCUAACGACUCCGGAAAAAGCGAAAUCUCAAUAAUAGAACUCGAAGCACCAGUCGAAUACAAUGAUUUCGUUCGGCCCAUUUGUCUUUCACAAGAGGACAUACCUUUACCAAACAUAAAAGCGCAGCGUGGCACUGGCGCCAAAUGGGGAUGGGGUGAUACGCUUCCGGGAUUGCCAUACGUGAAUAAUGCAACGUCUUCCAGAAGCCUUAUCCACGUGAAGACACAUGUCUUGGACAAAGAGGAGUGCCGUAAGUCAUACGUCCCAGAAUUAGAUGAGGACCAUUACUGCGUGGAAUAUCCACAAGAAGAGCCUUGCGCGGUGCCCUUAGGUGCACCGUUGAUCGCCUACAAAGAAGUGAAAGGGGUGAAUCGAGCGUUCCUGGUGAGUGUCGCGUCCCACAAUCAAUCGACGUGCAAAACGGCUGAAACCCGUCCUGUUGUUUAUAAACGUGCCGGUAGGUUUAUAUUCUCAUGUAUUUUCAAUGCAAUAAGUAAUUUAUUUGGUAAAUGAAAAAUUGUAUAA